AUGACACAAUCAUAUAACCAAGCUGAGCCAGCUGGUGUUAAAAAAUCGGAAAAGCAACAAAAAGAAAAUUAUUUUAAAUUAACGUUUAAUGAAUUAUUAAGUAUUUUGUGUACAGCUACAAUUCCCAUAGCUAUCAUCAUCUAUACAACAAUAACAAGAGAUCAACAAACACAAGCAGCUAAAGAACGUAGUCAAUUUGAUUUGAAACAAGCAGCUGAAUUACAACAACAACAAAUCUAUAAUCGUUUUAUUGAUGAUAUUUAUACAUUACAUAGAGACGGCGAAUUGAAUGAUACUGCUAAACCACGGGCAUUUGCUAAUGCACGUUAG